AAAGGGAACCAUUCGAAAGACUCGCGGAAGUCGUGACGUAAUAAUAGAGCGUCCUCUGAGAACUCGAGUGGGAGCAAAUUGAGACCAUGGCCUCUCGGCGCCUCCUGUUGGUUGGGGAGGGGAAUUUCUCUUUCGCUGCCGCCCUGAGCAAAACUCUUGUUGCGAGUAUUCGCCUCACAGCUACGUGCCUCCAGCAACCCGCCGACUUGGCCCGGGAUUCCGUGGCCCAGGAGAACCUGCAGUUCCUGCGUGAGCGAGGCACGGAGAUACUUUUCGGUGUGGACUGUACUCAGCUAGCAGAUGCCUUUGAACUACACGACAGGAAGUUUGAUCAAAUUUAUUUUAACUUCCCGCACUGUGGACGCAAAGCUGGAGUCGCUAAGAAUAGGAAACUGCUUGCUAAGUUUUUCCAGAGCUCUGCAGAUGUUCUUGCAGAAGAAGGAGAAGUCCAUGUGGCAUUGUGUAGAGGACAAGGUGGGACUCCUGCUGAUAAGCCCACAAGAGAAUGGCACAACAGUUGGCAAGUGGUUGCCAUGGCAGCCCUAGGGGGAUUCAUUCUAAGUGAUGUGCAUCCCUUCUGUUGUGAAACUGUGCCAGGGUAUAAGUGCACUGGAUAUAGGAGUCAGAAUAAGUCCUUUCAUAUGGAAGGUGCUUUGAACCAUGUCUUCACCUGGAGCUUACCUUUUGAAGGUUCACAGCCAAGAAUCUUCAGGAUCAAGCUGGGUGAUCAGUGGUUUUCCUUUCCAGAACCAGAGGCACUUGUAGGAAAGUUGAACAGGAAUUUCCUAGAAGCAUCUUCACAUCAUCCAGUCAAAAUCAUAAAUGAGAAACUCAUUGCUGAAUUGGGCAAAGCAUUUCCUCUUAAAAGGGUGAAAUGUUCUUUCCCUUUUCUGCCACAGGGAGGCACCACUGCUUUCACUUCUUGGAACUCUGACAUUGUGUCAACUGCCUUUUGGAUUAAUCUCUCUGAAGAGAAUGGAAAUCCUGAGACCUUUACUGAUAAGACAUUACAAGACAUGGAAGACAUCUUAGUGUCAUUUUCAGAGCUUAGCCUUCUUAAGACUCCUGGAAAAGACUGUGAGAAAGAAGCACAUAAAGGACUCUAUGGCCAAGCCAAGGUCUGCCUUAGACCAUCUCUUCUAGUUCAUGUUCAAGCUGUCAUCCAAGCACCUGACUUCCUCCCAGGUUCUCUAUACAUCCUCAGUGGACCUGUCUUUCGGAAGUGCCAUAUCUUGCCUUUCACAAUGCCAACAUUUCACGAGACUUUAUUUAUUCUUGGGAUUAAUAAAAAUCUGAAUGAUGACAGUCUUCAACCGCUGCUGGAUCACUUGAAAGACAUUCUAGAUUGCCUUCUGACCCAGGCACUGGUAGAAGACUCUAAGCUGAGCAGUUCAGUGGAGUUUGUCUUUCAACCAAAUGGGAAAGAUUUUAGGAUUAAUGUGAAGACUCAUAAUUUUGGCUCAGAUUUUGCUGAGGAUCUAAUUAUUGGGUCAGUCACAUCUAUUACAAGCAUUAAUGACAAAGAUCAGAGUUUUUUAUGUAUAUCUAUAAACUUGGACCUAUUAGCCAUGCUUGUCUGGGGUAUCUCUGACUGGAGACUUUUGUGGACCUUUGACCGCCGUUUCCUGAAGAGAUUUAUCCCUGGAAGAAUAGAACCCUUUAAAAGCUACUCCCUAUAUCCUCCAUGCUAUGUGCAUGAUAUUAGUUUUUGGUUAGAUGAAAACAAAGACUUUGAUGAACUAGACUUUCACACUGUUGCCCGAGCAGUGUCCCAGGAUACUGUCAUAUCCAUACAAUUCCUUAGUCGUUUUCAGCAUCCAAAGACUGAACAGGUUAGUCUGUGUUACAGGUUAACAUAUCAGACCUGUGACAAGGCCCUCACUCAGCAGCAGGCAGCAUCAAUGCAGUCCCAGUUUAGGAAAGUGAUUCAACAGCAACUACAUGUGACACCUAGGUAGUUUACUAAAUUAAUUUCUACAUUGUGAGCCUCCUGGGCGAGGGUGUAAACAAAAAGGCCAAUGUGUAACCAGUCGUCCUUUGUGGAUUGUGCUUUUUGUAAAACGUGUUUAACAUGUUGACUUCAAAGAAUGCUUGUGACUCUGUGACUUAAACUUACAAAGGGGCCAGGGGGUGGCACACAAGUUACAGUGCACAAAGACCCACGUUCAAAUCCCUGGUCCCCACCUGUGGGGGGUUGUGGGAGGGCUUCACAAAUGGUGAAACAGUGUUGUAGGUGCCUCUCUUUCUCUUCCCUCUUUCUGUCUCCCACACCCCUAUCACCUUCUCUCUGUCUUUCUAAAAAAAAUAAAUAAAUGAAA